GAGCAAUUUAUUGUAAAACUUACAUCAUGCGCUCACGCAUUUAAAAUUUGCACGUGUGGUCGACCUGUAAAUUUUGUAACAAAUUUCACCACAAUUUGAGUCUCCGUAAAUCUACAAUAAGUAUCAAAAUGUUGUCAUCAGUCAAUAGAAUAACAUCGGGCUGCUUACGCAGCGGCCCUUGCCUCCGUUCGUUUACUCAGCAAAGACAUUUUUCCAAUUUUUCGAGAACGGGAGCAUGGAGCAUUGUAAACACAGACAGCACACAGCCGAGGCGGUUCUAUGCCUCCGACACUGUCAAAGGCAACGUCAUCGGCAUAGAUCUCGGAACGACAAACUCCUGCGUGGCUGUCAUGGAGGGCAAAGCGGCCAAGGUUCUGGAAAACGCUGAGGGUGCAAGAACGACGCCGUCAGUCGUCGCGUUCACACCAGAGGGCGAGCGACUAGUGGGGAUGCCCGCCAAGCGCCAGGCAGUCACAAAUUCCAAGAACACAUUUUACGCCACAAAGAGACUGAUUGGCAGGAGAUUCGACGAUGCGGAAACACAGAAAGAUAUUAAGACGGUAUCGUUUGACAUUGUCAAGGCCAGUAACGGCGACGCGUGGGUCAAGGCCCACGGUAAAUUGUACUCGCCCAGUCAGAUUGGCGCUUUUGUGCUGAUCAAGAUGAAGGAGACGGCCGAGAAUUAUCUCGGCACGCCAGCUAAAAAUGCCGUCGUGACAGUGCCGGCUUACUUCAAUGAUUCACAGAGACAGGCCACAAAAGAUGCUGGACAGAUUGCAGGUCUCAACGUUCUCAGAGUAAUCAACGAGCCUACUGCUGCUGCACUGGCCUACGGGAUGGACAAGACAGACGACAAAAUCAUUGCUGUUUACGAUCUCGGCGGCGGGACCUUCGAUAUCUCGGUCCUGGAGAUUCAGAAGGGGGUGUUUGAAGUCAAAUCCACCAAUGGCGACACAUUCCUUGGAGGCGAAGACUUCGACAAUGAACUCUUGAAAUACUUGGUUGCAGAAUUCAAGAGAGAGCAAGGCAUCGAUCUGACAAAGGACAACAUGGCUCUCCAGCGACUCCGAGAGGCAGCUGAAAAGGCCAAAAUUGAACUCUCCUCAGCUCUGCAGACGGACAUCAACCUUCCCUACCUGACUAUGGAUGCCUCGGGCCCCAAGCACAUGAACAUGAAGCUGACGCGUGCCAAGUUCGAGUCCAUCGUAGACAGCCUGAUCAAGAGGACCAUCGGGCCCUGCAAGAAGGCCAUCCAAGACGCCGAGGUGUCCAGCUCCGAGAUCAAGGAGGUCCUGCUGGUCGGAGGGAUGACUCGCAUGCCCAGGGUUCAAGACACAGUCAAGGAGCUCUUCGGCCGCACGCCCAGCAAAUCGGUCAACCCAGACGAGGCGGUCGCCAUGGGAGCGGCCAUCCAGGGAGGGGUUCUCGCCGGCGACGUGACAGACGUUCUCCUGCUGGACGUCACCCCGCUGUCCCUGGGCAUUGAGACACUGGGGGGAGUCUUCACCAAACUCAUCAACCGGAAUACCACCAUCCCAACGAAAAAGAGCCAGGUGUUCUCCACAGCUGCCGAUGGUCAGACGCAGGUCGAGAUCAAAGUGUGCCAGGGAGAGCGUGAAAUGGCAGUCGACAACAAGGUCCUGGGACAGUUUCAACUUGUUGGAAUUCCCCCAGCUCCACGGGGUGUGCCGCAGGUUGAGGUGACCUUUGACAUCGACGCCAACGGCAUCGUCAACGUUUCCGCCAGGGACAAGGGAACGGGAAAAGAGCAACAGAUUGUUAUCCAAUCAUCUGGCGGUCUCAGCAAAGACGAAAUCGAGAACAUGGUGCAGAACGCCGAGAAGUAUGCCGAGGAGGAUCGCAAGAAGAAGGAGAGUGUGGAGGCCAUCAACCAAGCCGAGAACAUUGUACAUGACACCGAGAGCAAGAUGGAAGAAUUCAAAGAUCAGCUGCCAGCAGAUGAGUGCGAUAAACUGAAGGAGGAGAUUGCCAAAGUGAGGGAGAUUCUUACCAAGAAGGAUACGGAGACAGCAGAGAAUAUCAAGCAAGCCGCAUCCACCUUGCAACAGUCGUCCCUCAAGCUCUUUGAGAUGGCUUACAAGAAGAUGGCAUCAGAAAGAGACCAAAGCAGUGGAGGUAGCGGCGGCGACAGCAGCAGCGACAGUAGCAGUAGCAGCGACAGCAGCAGUAGCAGCGACAGCAGCAGCACCAGCGAAGAGACAACAGAACAGAAGAAGGAGAACUAGAAUAGUCAGUAAUCCAUCGUGGGAAAUAACUAAUUUAUAGCAUCGUUCCAGCAAAGGGGAGAAACAUAUAAAUACAGCAGACCUUUUUAAUACUUGACUUUUGGAGAGAAAAAAAACGGUGUUUGCGCAGUCUUAGAAUAACAUUGCGGGUGUAAUUGUGUCUAUAUUGUGUCAUCAUCGAUCCCUGCUUAGAACUUUUUUUAGAACCGAAUUCAUUGAUGAACUGCAGUGGAAGUUGUACAGUUUAAGUCAGCGCGUCGGGUUUGAAUUCUGAGUUAUGUGAAUUUGUGUCACAGUAGGUUGACUUCUGAAUGCGAGACCGAGUACUUGCGAAGGGGACCCACAAGGCACUUGAGCGUUGGUACCCAAGUACCUGGUUUUGGGUUCUCUUUAUUUGAUGUAGCCUACUCUUACUUUGUCUUGUGGCAAUAUGAUGUAGUGUCUUUUAUUCGUUCAAUUUUUUUAAUACUCCAGCCAUUGUCACUUUUUCUAUCCUGUAUCAGAAUCAGUACUGAUGCACUAAAAGGGAAUGUGGAAAUGCAUACAUCUCUGUGGGGCUGACACUUAUUACCUCUGCCAAGGAGGUUUUGUUUUCAUCGGAUUCGGUUAGUUGGUUUGUCUGUUUUCAAGAUAACUCAAAAAGUUAUGGACGGAUUUGCAUGAAAACAUUUUUUGGGGUGGUCCUUGCUACAAGUACAAAUUGAUUAAACUUUGGAAGUGAUCCGAUUCUGGGUCUGGAUCCAGGAUGUUUUUUAAGGAUUUUUCCACCAUUUAUACGAGGUUUGCGCUCUCUGAGUGCUUUCUAGUUGAGGCUGUACGCAGGCCCGUCUGUAGAAUACAUUAAACUUUACCUGGUGGUGAAAAUUGCAGUGAAGGCUGGUGUUCAACAACCUGCACGGAUCCAAUUUUUACAUGUACGCAUGUAAGUCACAUGUUGUUCAGUUGAACUUUAACCCUAACCACCCCCAACCCUUCAAAAUCCAGCCGCAUGUUUUGUUGGAAUCUGUUGGAGUGAGUACUGCACUAGUAAACUGAUUAUGCUUUACAUGGAGUCAGGUAUACCACCAUAAUCAGAGUCCAACAGUUUAAGUGUUGAAUUAAUAUAUGGUGUUGGAUUUUGCAAGAGUGAGGAAGGUUCCUAGUAAAUCACUGAAGGGGUUGGGGUUAAGGAAGGUAUUUCUUUGCCGUUAACCCUUACCUCCCCAACUCCAUCAAACCCAUCCCCCAUUUUGGGGGACUUGGUCCUGCAGGCUUGGUUUGUUUUUGAUGGAGUAUGAUGGACUUGGGCCUGCAGGCCUAAAGCAAAGCAUGCAUUGGAAGCGGUGUGGUUGAUGGAUUUUUGGUGGACUUGGUCCAGUACUUGGUAAAAGACAGUAGGGAGUUGGUGUUAAUCCUAUUACGUGUGACCUCACUUUUGAUGCGACUUGUGAUUGUACUUGUAAUCUACUUGUCUAGUACUUGGCAUCUCAUUCUUGAUUCCAUCCCGUUCCGUUCCACUCUACCCACCAUCAUUUAAUGCUACUGGUAUCAUUUUGUGUAGUCGCGCUCUUUGUAAGAAAACUUGUCCAUAGCGUAGGGACCUUACCCACUCAAGCUAAGUAUGUUCAAGAAUCAUUUGUUUCUGCCGUGAAAUGAUUUUUCAGUAUAAAUAAUUAUCUGUAUAGAUCAAAUUGAAAUGAAGUUUUUGAGAAACGCCAACAGAAAAAGAUCUCUUUUUGAAUGGUAUGAAAGUGGGGAGACCAGUUGUUAACACGCAAUGCUUCAAUAAUAGGGCUAAGAUUGUCUUCGGAAGACAUUGUCUAGCAGAACCAUUUUCUUACAACUAAAAAAGAGGUCUCUUCCUCUCUUCUCUCGCAGUUAACCGUACAUGUACAGUUUCGUAUCUGAUUUUAAAAAUACACAAUUCUUUUGUUAUGAUUUAUGAUCAUGUAUGAUGUUAUACAAUUUCUGAUGCAAAUUUAUGUAUAACAAUCGGUAACAAUUUAAUUUAAAGCAUUUGAGACUUCACGUUUUCGUUAACACGAGAUUUGUUGAUGCAAAUCCGGUAAGCAGUUCUCAAUUUUUGUUUUGCUUGUUUAUGAUACAUUUUCAAUAACUUGUCAAUGUAUUCUAUUUGAUAUUUCCUUUGGGGGGGGGGGGUGCUAAAUAUUUUUAGUGUACAGUAUUGUACCCGUAAAAGGGAUGGGAGGAAAUGACAAUAAAUAAAAUGCAUUUUGGAAAACAGUU